AUGUCUACCGAUACUUUUCACGGAUGGGCAUGCCCCAACAAAGAUAAACCUCUUGAAUGGACUGAAAUGCCAUUGAAAGCAUUCGACGAUUAUGCUGUUGAAAUGGAUAUUACCCACUGUGGUAUUUGUGGAUCUGACAUCCACACCAUUGACUCCGGAUGGGGACCAACUGACUAUCCUUGUGUUGUUGGUCACGAAAUUACCGGCGUGUGUACACGCGUUGGUAAAAAAGUAAAGAAAGUCAAGGUUGGUGACCGUAUUGGUGUUGGGGCUCAGAGUGGUUCUUGUCUCGAAUGCGAAAACUGCAAAAACGGUGACGAAAAUCUCUGCUCGAAAGGCAUGAUCCCUACUUACAACGGUCGUUGGCCAAAUGGUGACAAGUCAUUCGGUGGCUAUGCCGACAAGUGGAGAGGUCACGAACAUUUUGUAUUUAAGGUCCCUGAAAACAUGUCCAACGAGAUUGCCGCUACUUUCUUCUGUGCUGGUGUGACAACAUAUUCUCCUCUCAAGCGUUUUGGCGUCAAGCCUGGGGACAAGGUCGGCGUAAUUGGUAUUGGUGGCCUGGGUCAUUACGGUCUUCAAUGGGCCAAGGCCAUGGGAGCCUCUGUAGUUGCCCUUUCACACUCUGAACGCAAACGUGCUGAUGCAAAGGAGCUUGGUUGUGAUGAUUACAUUUUAACUACCGACAAAAAAAGCAUGAAUGAACACAGCGGAACCUUUACCCAUAUUCUGUCCACUAGCUUUGGCAGUAACUUUGAUUGGGAAAGUUACCUUGGACUCCUCAAGACCAAUGGGAAUUUUAUUAUUGUUGGAAUUCCUGAGACACCUUUGACUGGAAUCCCAGCCAUGAUGUUGGCAAUGCAUCAGAUCUCCAUAGUUGGAUCAGUUAUUGGUUCACCUGCCGUAAUUGAGGACAUGUUGAAUUUCGCUGCCGCUCACAAUGUAAAGCCUUGGAUAAGUAAGUAUCCAAUGAAGGAGGCAAAUGAGGCUGUCAAGGCAAUGAGAGAAGGAAAGGCUAGAUAUAGAUUUGUAUUGGAAAACUAA